UAUCAUUUACUCGUUACGUUGUGACGCCGUUUAUUACCUGGAGUAACGCAGCUAGCAUCAGGGAAGCUAAACGGCAGCCGACGAAGAGAAAAAACCGCUCUAAUGUGUUAACUGUCAUCGUAUUUAUAAUGGCAACAGAUGACAUUGCUCAGCUGGCUGAUGCUCUCUCCAAAACCCACGUCAGUGAUGGAGAACUGAGCUACAAAGGCCUGGGUCUGAAGCUUGACACAGCAGAGUCAGUGGAGGACCUGGUCCGAGAAAUUGAGCAGCAUCAGGGCCUGAGAGCUCUGUGCCUGGAGGGGAACACUGUGGGAGUGGAGGCAGCCCAAGUCAUUGCCAAGGCUCUGGAGAGCAAAGACCUACUACAGAGAUGCCAUUGGAGCGACAUGUUCACUGGACGGCUGCGCUCUGAAAUCCCAACAGCUCUGAGGUCUCUUGGCAGUGCUUUAAUGAGUGCAGGGGCCAUGCUGACUGAACUUGACUUGAGUGAUAAUGCCUUUGGACCUGAUGGUGUGAGGGGGAUUGAGCAACUGCUGAGGAGUCCAUCCUGUCACUCUCUGAGGGAGCUGAGACUCAACAACUGUGGCAUGGGAAUCGGAGGAGGAAAGAUCCUUGCUGAAGCUCUAAUCGAGUGCCACAGACAGUCAUCAGACCUCAGAGCUCCACUCAAACUAAGAGUGUUCAUUGCAGGAAGGAACCGCCUGGAGAAUGAAGGAGCUAGUGCUCUGGCCAGGGCCUUUCAGCUGAUCGGCAGUCUGGAGGAGGUCCACAUGCCCCAGAAUGGCAUCAACUACGCAGGGGUGGUGGCAUUGGCCUCGGCUAUGAGACACAACCCUGAGCUUAGGGUCCUGAACUUCAAUGACAACACCUUCACAAAGAGAGGGACCUUGGCCAUGGCUCAGGCUCUGAGGCACCUGAGGAAUGUACAAGUCAUCAACUUCGGUGACUGUCUGGUCCGGUCUGAAGGAGCCAUUGCCCUGGCUGCAGUGCUCAUAGAAGGAUUGCCAAUUCUCAAGGAACUCAACCUGUCUUUUGGGGAAAUCACUGAGGCAGCAGCGCUCGUGGUGGCUCAGGCUGUCAUGGACAAACCUCACAUGGAGAAAGUGGAUUUAAACGGUAACUGUCUGGGGGAAGAGGGCUGUGAGGCUUUGAGAGAAGUUAUGGAGGACAAGGACAAAGGAGACAUGCUUGCCUCACUCAGUGACGAUGAAGGAGAACCCGAUGAUGAGGAAGAUGAUCAUUAUGAGGAUGAUGGUGAUGAUGAUUCAAGUGACAAGUGUAAUGAAGAAGAUGGCGAAUAUGUGAAGGACAAUGGACUGAUGAUAAAAGACAGUCAAACAAAACCUCAGUGCUCAGCAGAAGUAAAAUCUUUCAUCAGCAGCCCCUCUGUUGAAAAGCUUCUUCAGCUGGGAGAGACAAGGACAACUAUGCAACAACAGGUGGAUGCAUCAGACCCACACAAAGCUGCUGAUGUCUUUCUGAAAAUUGCAUCCUUGUACAGUGAUGAACCAGAAACCAAGAAAGCAGUUCUGGAAACUAUUGAUGCAGUAUUGAACAAGUGCCUCUUUGGUUCACCCCUUCAGUCAUACUGCUUCCUUUCCACACUGCUGGUUAUGAUGGGCCUGCUAAAGGGAGAGGGGAAAACGAAGAAGGUGCUGCUGGUCCCAGGUCAGCUGUUGUGUCUGGAGCAUGCUGUCCAGCAGGAAUAUUUCCCUCAGCAUCAUGCAUCAUUGUUUCAUACCUUCCUUUCAAAGAACAGUGAGGCCCUGAAAUCCUGUAGCAGUGCCAGAGAGAGGCUGAGCUCUGCUCUGGAAGAGAGAUGUCAUGAUGAAUACUGACCCUUGUCACUCCACUGGGACAUGUCCACUCUGUACUGACGUUCACUAUGUCUACAGCAACACAUUCAACAGGGAAAUUUUACACUUGAACAAGGGACUAGGACGACCAGAAUUUCUUCUAAUUUUUAUUUUUUUUACUUAUGCUUUUUACUUAUAUUUUUAUAGAAAAUAUAGAUACAAAUAAAAACCUCACAUUACUUAACUACAGGAUUAAUGUUUAAAAAAAAAAAAAAACUGGAGUGGAUCAGAGUGGAUUAGAGCAUGAAUGUCUGACACUUUUUUUUGGCUGUGAAAAUUUUUUUUUGCAUUGAGUAAAAUACUGUGUCAAAAUUCAGUGUUUAAUUUAUAAACCAAUUCCAUACACCAUAUGUGUGGCCACAUUCAGGGCACAUAUAUCACCACAGCACUGAGUGAAUACACAGCAUCGAUGAGCUGAUACAGGCCUUCAUCUCCAUGGCUCAAGACCAGUAGCACUUUGACAUGAUGUUUCCAUUUUUUGACAUGUCAGAUCAAUUAAAAACAAUCUGUGCACAAAAUGCGCUCCCGAAUGUCUAUGUGUAGACAUUCAGCUGCACUGCCUUACCUCAUAUACAUACAGUAGCUGUUUUAAGGAAAAUGGAUGAAUGUAAUUUGCUGAAACUGAAAUACUCUGCAUAACAUUAGACACUGCUAAGUGCAUUUAUGUUGUCUGCAAAAUGUUUAUCUGAUCUGUUGAUUUGUACUGAAACCUCUGCCAGAAAUACAACUAAUCUAAAAA